AUGGCGCCACCAUUCGACUUCGACGGGUUGCUGCUCGCCGCUGCAUUCCAGGGACAUCUACCAAUGGUAUUCGAAGCAGCAAAACGAGGUGCAGCUCUGGAUGCUCGCAAUGACGAUGGCAAUACACCGCUCGUGCUUGCAGUAGUAGCAGAUCACCUUGAGGUGAUAAAGCUGCUGUUAUCGAUCGGGGCUGGGGUCGACGCACAAACCUCCCUCGGCAGCACUCCACUUCUAGUAGCUGCCCAGUGUGGCCGCUUGGAGGCUGCAGACAUCUUGCUGGACGCCGGUGCUUCAGUUGAUUUGGCUUCGAAGAGUGGUUAUACACCACUUAUGCGAGCAGCUCGAGAGAACAAACAUCAAGUCGCGAAGCUAUUAAUUGAGCGUGGAGCAGCGGUCGACAAGCAACUUCCGAAUGGGAAUGCUGCACUCAGGAUUGCAGCUUUUCUUGGAUGUUUCGAGUCUGUGCGGGUUUUACUUGACGGUGGUGCGUCCAUCGAUUUGGAGAACUCGAACAGCUACACUCCAAUAAUGAAUGCCGCACAGAAUGGACACGCUUCUGUCGUCAAGCUCCUUGCCGAUCGAGGUGCUUCUGUUAAUCACCAACGGACAAACGGAAAUACUGCUCUCAUCUCUGCUGCGCAUUACAAUCGCUUUGACGCUGCAAGAAUUCUGCUCAAUGCAGGAGCUUCUAUUGAUUUGCCGAACAAGACAGGGGAGACUCCACUGAUGUUCGCUGUGCGGCAAGGACACGUGAAAGUGGUCAAGCUGUUGAUAGAGAAGAAGGCCAGUGUGAACAUCCAUCGUGAAAAUGGAUCGACAGCUCUUCAUCACGCUGCGUCUUUAGGGCAUUCAGAGAUGUCACGCCUUCUGCUGGAUGGCGGUGCUCAAGUGAACGCGAUCGAUCAACACGGAGCGAGUCCACUAAUAGUAGCCGCGCAGCAGGGCCAUAACGAAGCCAUAAAACUGUUGCUUCAGCGAGGUGCGGCUAUUAACCAGCAGAUGAACGAUAAGGCGACUGCACUUCAACUUGCUGCCGAGAAGAACUGCUUGGAGACAGCUCGAAUUCUGCUGAUAAAUGGCGCAAGUGUUGACAAUGUUAAUGACGAAGGAAUCACCCCGCUGAUGAUUGCAGCUAGCCAGGGCUAUCACGAGUUGGUUGAAUUGUUGCUUGACGCAGGAGCUGAUGCUCAAUUGGAGAGUACAGCGCCAAAAGCUCCGAAAGAUACCGGUAAUCUGGGCAACUCGCUUGCAUCAAAGCAGCUGACGUUUGAGCUCCCUAGCAUCCGCACGGCGCUGGAAUUGGCUACACGUGGAGGGCAUUUUAAAGUGGUGCAACUCCUGCUGGAGGGUGCUCCGAAGUCGAGGUUAUCUGCUGCACUGUUUGAUGCUGCCUUUUUCGGACGAGAAGAGAUAGGAAGAAUUCUAGUGGACAAGGGGGCCAGCGUCAACCAGUGCUUGGAUAAUGGAGCUACCGCAUUACUGUUGGCGACACAGGAAGGACACACUGAAUUUGUGAAGUUCCUGCUGGAGCGUGGGGCUGAAGUUGACAAGAUAUUUGACAAAGGGUGGACAACUCUUUUUGCCGCUGCAACUUAUGGGCAUGUGGAAAUCGGUCGCAUUUUGAUCGAAGCUGGUGCAAGUGUUAACAGAUUACUGGUAGAUGGCUCAACACUUGUGAUGCAUUCUUCGAACGAGGACUUUGUGAAGCUAUUGCAAGACAGUGGAGCUGAUAUAAACAAAACGAGCCAGAAUGGUAACACCGCACUAUGGCAAGCUACUGCGAAUGCGAAUGCUGGAGUUGUACGUGCGCUACUGGAAAACAAAGUUGAUGUCGACCAGCUCAACAACGAUGGGUAUACGACUCUCAUGUUAGCUGCAAAGUACGGACACAGCCAAUUGGUAAAACUUUUGUUGGAGUAUGGAGCUGAGAUUAACAAACGAAGUCCUGAAGGCUGGACACCGCUCGACUUUGCUGCCUUUAAGGGGCAUCUCGAGAUAUGCUCUGUACUAUUGCAGCACGGUGCGUCUGUAGGGCAAGUUCAUGACAGUAUCGGUACAGUACCACUGAUCUUGGCAUCUCAAGAAGGCCACGACGGAGUUGUUGAGCUGUUACUGCAGCAUAAAGCUGGUGUCGACGAGUGCCGCACAAAUCGGUGGAGAGCACUUCAUUCUGCUGUUUUAUUGGGACACAAGAAGAUCGCUCGUGCGCUAAUACGUGCUGGAGCAGACGUUAAUCAAGCUAAUGACCUUGGUUUGACACCACUGAUGAUUGCAGCACAAGGAGACUGCAUGGAUACUAUCGAAGCGUUAGUGGAAAAAGGAGCUGUCAUAAAUGUGCAGUCAAACGAUGGGGUAACUGCCCUAAUGCUUUCCAGCUUGUUUGGGCGAGUUCAAGCCGUCAAAGUUCUAAUUGACAAUGGAGCGGACGUCAACUUGAACGAUAAAAGAGGUAAAACAGCGUUGAUGGUUGCAGCGGAGAAGGCGCAAACGAAUAUUGUGAAUGUUCUCCUCGAUAACGGAGCUGACAUUGGUGCCAAGUCUCAUGAUGGCAAAACAGCGCUGAUGUUGGCUUCUUGUCGUGGACAUACUGCCACGGUAACGAAGCUGUUAAAAGCCGGAGCUGGUGACACAGUGGAUUCCCAGGGAUGGACGCCAUUGAUCGGUGCUGCUAAAGGGGGGCACGUGAGUGUAAUGCGCUUGCUACUUGAGAAAGACAGUCAAGACAUCAAUAUCGUCGAUAACAUGGAGAACUCAGCAUUACUCCACGCCUCAUUCGGUGGUCAUGUGGACGCCGCACGGCUUCUCCUGGAGUAUAAGGCGUCAGCGGACAAACAAAACCAUUUUGGUUGGACCCCGCUAGCAGCAGCCGCUCAGCUUGGACACAGGGAAUUGGCAGAACUUCUCGUUAAAUGCCAUGAUGACGUUGAUGGGAAGCUGCUCGAUGGACGUUCGCCACUUCACCUUGCCGCGGAGGGGGGACAUGUCGAUCUAUUACGGAUCAUUAUUGGUAAAGGUAAAGCAAACGGCAGACAGUGUGGCAGAAACUCUACGAAGCUGCUCUCGGCCUGCGUUUUCUUCACCAGCGCAAUAUUAUUCACAGCGACCUGA